UUGUGUCAACACAUGUUCAUUCCCACCUCAGAGCCAUGUGUGUUGAGCUAAAAAACGCUGUGAGUUAUAACGUUAGCAGUAAUUUUUGAACUAUAAAACAUGCCAAAAGACAUUUCUUCGUCUUCGAGCGAAGAUGAAACGGAUAAUGUUGCCACGGAAACAACAAAACGGCAGAAAGAACCCGCGAGGAAGACCGCGCGGUUGGAGUGUCCUGAGGACUUUGUGUCUUUCUGCCACGUCCCCUGCAGCAGCACGCUGGCAGACAAUCUGAGGAACAACGAGAAUGAGUUGUGGCUCAUUAAAGCUCCUGCCAGCUUCGACCCCCACUGCUUCAGCGGCGUCCAGGUUCCCCUGUCGGGUCUCCAGACCCUGAAGGUUCCGGUUGGACCGGUCCAGCAGAGCUACAGCGUCCUGGCGUCGUCCCGCCCCAACGACCUUCAUCUGCUCACCAGCGACAGCCGGACGUCGGACGGCUUCGUCUUCGCUCCGGCCUUUUCCGGCCUGCUGAACAUCUGCGAGAGCUACGGGGACGCUAGCGGCGAGCAGGCGCCACACGUCGUGCCGGCCGCCCCGGCGCCCGCCGUCCCGGCCGGCCUCAAGCAGCGGUUCCACCCGUUCGGCAGCAAGACUCCAAAGCUCACCUACGUGGCGGAGAACGAGGCGGACGGAGCCGCGUUCGGGCCGUCGUCGACGACGCUGCGGCCGCUGGUGAUGAAGCAGUUCGUAGAAGAUGGAGGCCGGGUGGGUGAUGAUGACGAGGAGGAGGAAGGCAGGAAGAGGAAAAAGAAGAAGAAGAAAGAGAAGCGGAUAAAGUCGGAAGAAGCGGAACUGUUGCUGCAGAUGAAACAGGAACCAUCCGACGAAAAUCUGGACGAAGCGACAGCGGCGGGGCUUCCUUUCGGAGAGGAGAAGACAAUGAAGAAGAAGAAGAAGAAGAAGAAGGACAGGGAGCGGGAGGAGGUUGAGGAAGGACUGGAGCCCAGCGUGAAAGUUAAAGUGGAACCAGGUUCUGUGAAAUGUGAGCCGCUGGACGUUCUAUAUGGCGACGCAGCAGAGAGUUCAGGGAAGAGGAAGAAGAAGAAGAAAAGCAGAACUGAGGAGGACGUUCACUCCUGAUUCCCUCCAUCUUUGAAAGUCUUCAGACGUAAACGCUUAAAGCUGCAGCAUGUAACAUUUAUAAAAAAGGAUUCUUUCACGUUUAUGAGACAGAUAUUCUCUGAAAAGAUUGAUCUCCUCCACCUCAUCCCUGAGCUGCUACUGACACCAGAAGAAAUGACCAAAACCAACUAAUCAGAGUCUGGAGGCGGGGCUUAGCGCUGUCAAUCAAUCUCAUUUAUCAUUUAUUCUGCUAAAAGUGCUAGAGACGGACAAACAACUCACCGUUACAAGAAAACUGUUUAUCCACCAUCAUUGGAUAUGGCUACGCUAACUAGCCUUAGCAUUCUCGGGGGAAGGUGAUUGACAGCGCUAAGACCCGCCUCCUGGCUCUGAUUGGUUGUUUGUAGUCGGCACUGGGAGAAGGCAGAAGAGCUCGGAUUUUUUACAAUGUAUCUGUGUUAAGCCAUAAAUACUUUGUAAACAUUUCUUGUGAAGGUUACGUACUGUCUCUUUAAGGCCAGUUUCCGUCACAGCAGCUGGACGAGGCGGCAGGAUGGGAAACGGGGAAGCAUCUCCUCGGUUUGGUCCAGUUCCUGUCGACUCCUGGUGGAUUUCAUGGCCUUAGAUUUGCUCUUUGUCGGUGUGUUUGUUUGCACAACCACAGAUUUACUGUUGGUUUUUCAGCCGAAGCUUUCAGGAAUGAUUUGGGUCAAAAAACAAUAAAAAGAAAUUAAAGAAACUUUUAAUGAGGGAAAAAAGUGUUUGGUGCU